CCUGAAACAUCGGGUGCUGCUGCAGCGGGCUUGCACGGGUGCCUGGCUGGGCUUUGGUCUGCUUCUCCGCUGUCUCCCUGGUCCGGCUGCAGGGGCGGCGCUGCCACCGGGUCUGGGUGCUUGCUGGGGCAGUGCGAAGAGGGCAACGUGCUGGGUUCGGGUGGGCGGAGACGGAGCAGGGCGAGCAGCGCUGAAGUGACAGCUUCGGAGAGCCAUCCCUUGCCCUGCUCAAAAGCGAGAUCCCUGAACCGAGAUCCCGCCCUUGCUCCUUCCCCCGGGAAGCUUCCUGCCAGCGACAGCGGCUGCAUAGUUCGGGCUGCCUGAAAUUGCCCUUUCCGGAGAGCCUGCAAGAGCUGGGACGUCGGGGCUCGCCUACUGAGCUAUCCUGAUCGGUCUCCACUAGACGCGUUCACCCAGCGUGAGACUGCUUGAUAAAAGCAGACUACUCUUGUGACCUAUUAACGCCUAAUCCCAGUUGAUACCCCAGUUCAUGGAUUAUCUGUGUUUUCGAGCACUUUGCUGCAAAGGCCCUCCACCACCACGACCGGAGUAUGACUUGGUUUGCAUAGGUCUUACUGGUUCUGGAAAGACUAGUUUAUUAUCACAGCUCUGCAGUGAAACUAGAGAGAAUAUAGUGUCAACAACAGGUUUUAGCAUAAAAGCAGUGCCAUUCCAGAAUGCUAUCUUGAAUGUGAAAGAGCUUGGAGGGGCUGAUAACAUCAGGAAGUACUGGAGCCGUUAUUACCAAGGAUCCCAAGGAGUAAUAUUUGUAUUAGACAGUGCCUCUUCAGAAGACGAUUUAGAAAUUGCUAGAAAUGAACUGCACUCUGCGCUUCAGCAUCCACAGUUAUGCACUUUGCCAUUUUUAAUACUGGCCAAUCACCAAGACAAGCCAGCAGCUCGUUCAGUACAAGAGAUCAAAAAGUAUUUGGAACUUGAACCCCUUGCACGAGGAAAGCGCUGGAUACUUAAACCCUGUUCCUUGGAUGAUAUGGAAGCAGUAAAAGACAGCUUCAGCUUGCUGAUAAAUUUACUAGAAGACAGAGAUUUUGAACCUUCAAGAAUGUGAAGAAAACUAGGAUGGUUCUCAAACAGCCUUGUACCUGUUCGUCUUGCAUUCAGCUGAAUUAUGGUUUGGUUUAAAGAAGACUGUGUUAGAGCUUGCAAUAAAUAUAUUUUUGCAUUUAGUCUGGAAAGCCUGUUUAUAAGUUUUGUAAAUCAGUUUUGUAAUUAUUUUCAGUUAAGUUGUCUGUACUACUGAAUGAGGAGGUCCUCUUGUUUACCGACCAAUCUGUUCGCUGUAUGCCAUUUUUCUGCAUUGUCAUUGGAAAGACCUUAAUGUGGAAUUUUGCUGCAUAUACAAAAUGUUAAACAGCUGUAAACAGACACCAAAAGCUAUCUGGAAAUUCUAGACACAGAAAACCAGAGUAAAUCUUGAAACCAAGGAAUGCAUUGCUAAUGCAGAAACCCUUACUGAGUGCAAACACCUCCAUUUUAAUAUUUCCAGUUUUAAUUCUUUUUAGAGAGAGAGACCAUGAGGUGAGGCAUACAUGAUGGACUUUAUCAGUAUUUUGUUAUGAAUUUGCAAGCAUCUCAAGUGCAGAAAUGCAGCCUUUGUAAUCAUAAGCUGAGCUGAUGAUUUCAUCAAAUGGUGACAAAAUGGAGGCUAAAAAUUAGUAAAGAUCAUGGAACAAGAACAAUAAGCAGGUUUAAAUAAUCACUGGGUGUAUUCUACAUAACUAGUAUUAUGCUAGAAUUCCUAGGCCAUGGAAUUUUUUAAAGUUCAUGUUUCUGAAUUAUAGUCAAAAGCCUGUGUUUCUUAAAUACCCCUAUUUUCAGGGGCUUAUAUUUCUUUCAAACAUUGAAUCAGGCUGAAUGAUGGAAGAAAAAAUUUUGCUCUGGAGCAAAGGAUGUUUUUUUUAUGUUGUUCUCCCAUAUAUGACAGUACUCCCUUUAGUUCCAAGAAUGUAUCCCUUUCCCAGGUUUGCUGUUUUGAAGCCCACAGACUGCUUCAAAAUUAAUUCAAAACUGCCUUGAGUUUUGGCUGUCCAGCCAUAAUACACCAGGUGAUCGAGUCUGCUAAUUUGGAUAUCAACUUAUAUUCAUCUACAAGUAGGAAAUGGGUUAGGUCUUGGUAGAAUAUUACAGCAUGGAUGAUAUUACCACAUUUAAUCUUACCUCCCUAUCUUUGGCUAGGUUUUUGUUUAAUAUUCUGAGAUAAAAGCAGAAUAUAUUUGCUAUGCUUUCUAUAAUUUACAUUGGAGCAUAAAGCUUAUGAAUCAGUUUCUCAAAUAUAUACUGCACUCCCCCCCCCUUUUUUUUUAUAACAACUAUUGGAUGGGGCCAUUCGCUUAUCCUGUCCUCAUCUUGACUAUUACUUGCUAAGGAUGUCACAUGAUAUAGUCUUAAGUAAUAGUGAAAUUAUUCAGUAAGGUAGUAAAACAUAAUUGUACAACUGACCAAUGGGCCAAAAUUUCUUACGCUAAGGGUAUUUGGUAAUUUUUGCCAUAACCAUUUACCUGGUUUCUGAAACAUCCCUUUAAUAGAAACUGGACUAUAAAUUUUAAAAAAGAAAGGGUCAACUUCUUUUAGUAGUUGCCUAAUUCCACCAAUAGAAACCAAAAUCAUCUAAGGUGGGCUAUGGUUGUUUUUGGGGACACCAAUGGUUCCUGAUUUAUUUUUGGCUUAGAAAAAUGGCAUCAUUGAAGCUUUUAAGCAGAGUUUAAAAUAAGAAAGGAACGCUUAUCUAACUGGUUUCUUGUAUCUAAUGGACCAAAUACAUGGCAAGAAAAAAUGGGCCCAAUUUCCCUGAGUCCCUGAAGAAUGUCUUCAGCAAUAGAUGCACUUCAGACUGUGAAUAUGGUUUUGCCUUCAGCUUUGAUCAUGAAGUCACCCACUAUGCACUGCAGUUAGGUGCAGGACAGCCUAACUAGCAAAACAAAGAAUCAAGCUUCAGCCACACUGAAUGUAGGGUGCAAUCAUAAGCACAUUUAUUUGGGGGUCAGUUUCACUGAAUUUGGUGGAAGUUUCUGAUUAUUAUACAUGCAUAGCAUCAGACUGCAGAAGCUUUAUGCAAAUAUCUAGUUCACAAGAAAAUUGAAUCUGCACAUAAUUUCAUCAGAAAUGCUGAAAACUCUAAACUAUACUCCACUCUACACAUUAAAAAAGAUACCUCAGAUCUGGUAGAGAACAUCAGACAAACACUUUCAUUUUAAUUGUUCUUUGAUGGUUCUGUGUUGUACUUGGAUUGUGACAUAUCAGUUAAGUUUUUAUAUCUUUAAACAUAUUUUUUAAAAAGUUAAUUGAUAACACAUGUUUCUAUCUAAGGUGUUCUUGAAUGUACAUUAAUCUGUGAGCAACAGUGCAGUUCUUAUUGUUUUCUUCUUGAACUGGGCCUUCAUCAUAGAGAUGAACAAAAUCCCAUGCCAUGCUCUUUCUAGGAAUUACUUAUCCAUGGAACUUCAUUAAAUAGUGAAUAUUGUCUGUCUCUUUUUUAAUUAACAAAGUUGCUGUGGUGUAAAAUUCUUAUGGACAUCUGUUAAAUUACUUUCUGGGUGUGUUUGUGUGUGAAUGUGCCCACAUUGGGUCUUUUUCUCAGACCUACGACUGUCCGCAGUACUUGGGCAGUAAGAAUAAAAACAUUAUCAAUCAGUAUCCAACAGCAGCUGUUUUGACAGGUUUCUGUCAGACAUCUAAUGCUUUACAACUGUCAGUGGCUCCUUUUGUCUACCAGUUCUAAGAUGUUCGUUGUGUUGCUUCCAUGUUUAUACCCUGUACUAAUAUCUGUGGAAGUGCUGGCAUUUUUGGGACAUCUUUCAUGUGUUCAGUAUUCUUCCCCUGUAUUACAUGCCACAUGUCUCCACUUACAUAUUCAAAUGCUGUACACAGAAGUGUGUGUUGUGUUACUGAGCUUCUUGCUUUUCAUUAUUUAUAGAAGUUUAGAGAUUUUUGUACUUAACUAGCUAACACAGUGCCCUUUUUUGGUUUUUGUUUUCUUUUGUAAUGGCAAAUAAUUUAUAUUACAAGAUUUGUAUUUCACUCCAGUUAAAAGAAAUUAUUGUUAGCCCACCAUAUAUCCCUGACUUUUUACUAAAAGUACAGCAUCAAAACUUGGUUGACAAAUUCAUGCACAGAACCACUAUGGAGGAAGAACUGUUUGUGAUUUAUAUAGUUUACGCUAACCAAAAUGAAAAUAAAUGCUGUGUAGAACAUUUA